AUGAGUCAUCAAAAUUUUGCACCAAAGAAAUUGGUAAAAGAUGUUGAUCCAACAGAAGUUCAAAAAUUCAAAGAAUCAUUUAAUGAUGACAUCACUAAAGUAUUGGUGGAAGGUGAUGAAGGUUAUGAAGCGAGUCUGAAAAGAUGGUCUUUAAAUGCAGAGAAGAAAGCUGGAAUCGUGGUUCAACCCACUUGCGCUGAAGACAUCUCCAAAACCUUGAAAUUCGCUAGUCAAAAUAAUUUGGAUUUCGCCGUAUGUGGAGGUGGACAUUCAACUUCCGGAAGUUCAAGUUCCGAAGGAGGAAUUUUAUUACAUAUGAGAAAAUGUAACAAAGUCAGAGUUGAUGUUGAAAAGAAAUUGGUUUAUGCUCAAGGAGGAGCAAUAUUUGGUGAAGUUGAUCAAGAAGCUUGGAAAUAUGGGUUAGCCAUUGUGGGUGGUGUGGUUGAUAAUACUGGAAUUGGUGGGUUAACUUUAGGCGGCGGUUUUGGUUUCUUGACAAGUCAACACGGAUUGGUAAUUGAUAAUUUGGUGGGAGCUACGAUAAUUACCGCGGAUGGUAAAGUGAGAGAAUUAUCAUCCAGCAAAAACGAAGAUUUAUUUUGGGCAAUUAAAGGAGCUGGAACCAAUUUCGGAGUUAUCUACGAAUUUGUUUUUAAAGCGCACGAACAAAAAGAUAUCGUUUCCGGUCUUAUAAUGUAUCCUAGUGACAAUUUGGAAACCGUCCUUGAAGCUACCAAUUUAUGGCAUGAAAAUCGUGGACUGGAUGAAACUAUUAAUUUGGUGAUUGGUAGACUUCCUCCAAAAUUUUCGCCGUUUAUCGCUUUAUUUUUAUUUUCUAAUGAUCCAUCCGAACAAGUUUAUAAAGAAAAAUUUUCAAUGUUUUAUAAAUGUGGAGAAAUCAUUAUGGAACAAGUGGAGAGAAUCCCAUAUCCUAAAGUGAAUACAUUGGGAAAUGCAUUUAUGUCCCAUGGCGAUCGCAAGGCAAUUCGUGACGCGCAUUUUACUAAACUAAGCAUCGCAAACGUUCGUGAGGUUUUAGAUUCUUACAUUAAAUUUACUGAUGCUGAUCCAACAAGGAAUCAAACACUGUUAUCGUAUGAAUUUUAUGAUUACAAGAAAUUUGCUUCGGUGGCCGCCGAUUCCACAGCAUUUGCUCAUCGCAAACCAUUUUAUAAUGCAGUGAUAACUCAAAGAUGGAUAAAUGAACAAGAUGAUGAAAUUGUUAACGAAUGGUCCAAGAAUAUACAAGAGAUCAUUUGUAGGGAUGGGGAUGAUGAUAAAUCCCUUUAUGUUAAUUUCGAGAGUACCAUGGACAGUACAGAUUUUAAGGAAGAAAGGUUGAAAAAAUAUUUUGGUGCGAAUUUGGAAAAAUUGAAAGAAUUAAAAAGAAAGUAUGACCCAAAUGUAUUUUUUAGGAAAGGAGUUGUCAUUUGGCCCUAG